GUGAACGCGCUGAAGACACGCGUCGAGGACGUGGUGGACUAUUUCAAGCGCCAGGGUUACGCCUACCAGGGCAGAGCUUCCCCGGGACUGGAGGAGGCGAGGGCCUUGGCCGGGAAGAAGUUCCUGCUCGACCCGCAACUCCGCGACCUGCUGAUUUUGCCCCCCCAGACUGACCUCCACCAGGACCAGCUGUACAAGGCUGGGCACAUCAUCCUUCAGGACAAGGCCAGCUGCCUCCCAGCCUUUCUCUUGAACCCAGAGCCGGGGUCCCACGUGAUCGACGCCUGCGCUGCCCCGGGAAACAAGACCAGCCAGCUGGCUGCCCUCAUGAACAACAAGGGCCGGAUCUUUGCCUUUGACCUCGACGCCAAGCGCCUCGCCACCAUGAACACCAUGUUGGUCCGGUCGGGGGCCACGUGCUGCGAGCUGGCUCACCAGGACUUCCUGACGACUGACCCCGGCGACUCCAAGUACAGCAAAGUCCAGUACAUACUUCUGGAUCCCUCGUGCAGCGGCUCGGGCAUCGUGGGCCGGAUGCCGGGCGAGGGUGAGGAUUCCCCUUCGCCAGAGCGACUGCAGGCCCUGGCGGGGUUCCAGCGAAAGAUGCUGAUGCAUGCAUUGAAAUUUCCUGCUCUCUCCCGCUUGGUUUAUUCCACCUGUUCGGUGCACCAGGAAGAGAAUGAGGACGUGGUUCGUGAUGUCCUGGAGCAGCAGGGAAGGGCUUUCAGGUUGGUGGAAGCCCUCCCCUCUUGGCCCCACCGCGGCUUAGCUGUUUUUGAUGAAGCCAAGUGUUGCCUUCGAGCAUCUCCUAAAGAAACACUGACAAAUGGUUUUUUUGUGGCCGUAUUUGAAAAGCAACACCCCAGGGACAGUAAGGCGAGCUCCCCAAUUCAGCUGCCGGAGGCUGGUGCUGAAGGACCAUCAGUCAGUCUCAGCCAUGCUGCCAAGAAGAGGAGGAAGAAGCGGAAAGGAAAGGCUCCCGUGAAUGAUUGAAAUCUCACUAGGAAGAGAUUUACAGCAGCUGCAGGAAAGCAUCAUCCUUCCAGAUGUGGACAAACUGUUGCUCCCCUUAUCCAUCACCAUGAGCCAAAAUGGCAGGGACUGAUGGGGGCUGGGAACAUCGGGGGGGGGGACCAGUUUCCCAGGCCUGAGCUAACAUGGGAUGACCUAGAGAUUCCAAAGGAGGUCCAUCAGGGUAAAAUUAAAAGACAGACAGUUAAGGUGUUCCUCUCUCCCCUUCAUUUCACAGCCUAGCAAAUAAGGACUAGAUAUGUGAGGGCUAAGCAGCCUUUGGACCUCCAGAUGUUUGAGGCUUCAGUUCCCUAAGCUGUACCCAAUGUAUUCAGGGCUGGUAGGAGUUCUAAUGCAAAACAUACCGAAGGCUUCAAGUUGUCUGUUUUGCACUGGAGAAGUAGGUGCCCGACAGACAAGGUGGGCAUCACCAGAAGACAGGCAGGUGGGCCUUCGUGUAAAAAGUGCUGGCUACAAACUUUAACAAGAUCACUUCUGCUUAGAAUAUUCAUAAUUGAGCUGGAAGGGGCCUAUAAGGCCAUGGAGUCCAAGCUAGAACAGGGCCAUCAAGUGGCAGCCUAGAAUGGGGCUUCUUGUCUCCUAAAGUAGAAUCAGGUUCUGGAUAGGCAUGUCUUAAUAAGUGGCACCCUUGUGUCAAUAACUCUUUUACUGUUUUGACAAUUAAAUCAAAAUAUUAUGACCUAGCAUUACGUCAGUAGUAACAACCUAGAAUGGUGAUGGGGAACAUGUGGCCCUCUGGGUGCAGGACUGUAACUCCCAUCAUCCCCCAUUAUUGGUUGUAAUGGUGAAUAUUUGCAAAUCUAGUGACAUCCAGAGGACUACAAGUUGCCCUUCCCUGACAAAGAGUAGCAGCAACCCAGCUCAGUGGGCUCAAGGUUUGGCAGAUGUCUGUGGUUUUCUCAAAUAUGCAUGAGAUAAUCAGUCUGAUAUUCAGCAAUACAGGCUUCUUGUAACCUAGUGCCUUCCAGGAAUAUUGGACAAGUCCCAUAAUUCCUCCCUUAGGUUUGUUAAGGCUCAUGGAAGUUGUAAUCAAAAGCAUCUUGAAGAUGCUAAGUCGCAAUAUAAUAUGAUUGCUUCCGGGGUGAGUUUGAUUUAAAUUUUAAAAAUUGGAUUUUUUUUUUUACAACAAUAGACUGUUUAAAGUUUCUGGUACUACUAAUGAUAAAUAGCUUGGAUUUGU